GAGCUCUCUGUUAUUGUCGAAUGCGCGUUCUUGGGUGAAGCAUCUAAAGCAGAGAAGCCACAAAGUGUGGGUAUUCGUGGAAUAUCAAGAGGAAUAUAUUUUUCGUGACUGUGAAACUUUAUAAUCCCCAACCUAGUGGUCUAACCAAUAAACAAAGAAAUAAAACAAAACAAUUAAAUAAGCAAAACAAUCAAAAUUAAUUCGAAAACCAAAAUCAACAAGAAAUUAUAAAAGCAGAAAACGUGCGUGCCAUCGUUCGUUCGCUUGCCGCUAAAUGAAAUGUGUUGAAACAAAAAUAACAAAAGUGCAAAUUUUUAUAUAAAUCGGCACUCGGUGCUCAACGUUCAAAGUUAACAAAUAUAGUAGGAGAGGAGUCGGCUAAAGCCCCCCCCCCAGACUGGAACUAAAUACGCGACUCAAAUCAAAUUUGGUGCGCAGAUUGGAAUUAAUAUCAAAAUAAGAAACCACCUAUCAUUCUACACAGAGGCGGCUAAGAUAUUCGCAACCUGUAGCUUUGAUAUACAAAAAUUUUGAAUUUUGUGUAAGCCGGAAGCUGUAAGAUAGAGACUGGAGACUGGAGAGCUGGAAUACCAAAAACGGCCAACAAUACUCCACUCCAAAUGCAAUUGUUUUAGACUCAACAUUGAGUCGAGCUUUUACCAGUUAGACAACUAAUCAAGCAACAGAGCAGAGCAACAAAAGCAACAAAAUGUGGUGCAUUGUUAACUUGCCCAACGGCACCCAGCAGGCCGUCAAGUGGGAUCCCAAAGCCAAUGGACAGGAAUGUCUAGAAAAGGUCUGCCGCGCCCUGAACAUCAUCUGCGAAAUGGAAUACUUCGGCCUGGAACACUGGACGCCCAACCAGAAGGAAUCACAGACCCGUCAGUGGAUCAAUCUGAGGAAUCGCCUCUCCGGCGACAGCGGCAGCAGUGGCAGUGGCAUCCAGCUGAUGCUGGCUCUGCGUGUCAAGUUCUGGGUGCCAGUGCACUUCAUCCUCCAGGAGAGUGUGAGGAAUCUGUUCUUCAUGCAGGCCAGGCGCGAUCUUCUCGAGGGCCGACUCUCGGCUCCGGACUGGAGUGGAGCGGCCAAGUUGGCGGCACUGCUUUGCCAGGCAGAUGGCCUGCGCUUCAAUGAGUCGUCGGUGCGGGCCGAGUGCCCCAUCAGGAUGCGACGGGAACUGGCCCAGCAGCAGCAGCAGAUGCAGCAGCAACAGCAACAGCAGCAGCGGAAGGAGAAGGAGAACGCCCUGAGCUUCAAGAAGCGGCGGCUGUCGAAGCAAAAGUCCAUGGAACACAUAGAGACCUGCACCCUGCCGGUGGCCACCACCCAGAUACACAGCUUCAGCCUCCAGCCCUCGCCAUCCGCCUCCGCGUCCGCCUCCACCUCCGCCUGCUCGCAAACCCACUCGAACAGCAGCUCCAGCAGCCCCAGCAACAGCAGCAGCCAAACGGGUCUGGACGAGCGUCUGGCCACCAAUCCGCUGCGCAUGUACGAGGAGUACCUGAUCCAGCCGAGCUCCGAGGGCGAGCCCCCGGCGGACUACCUCCGGCAAAUAGCCACCGAACACGGCAAGCUAGCCAAGCUGCAGAUGAGUCCCAAGUCGGCCAAGUACUGGCUGCUGCAGUCCAUUCAGGAUCUCGACGGCUAUGGCGAGGAGCUGUUCAGCGGCGUUACCACCAACGAGAGUGCCACACGAUGCGACAUUGCAGUGGGAGCCCAUGGAAUCACCGUCAGCCGCGGGGGUGAGAAACAAAGCAUCCCCUUUGGCGCUAUUGCUGCAGCCAAGUCGCUCCGACGCACCUUUAAGCUGGAGUACGUGGACGACCACAACGAUCGCAAGGAGCUGGAGAUCAAGCUGCCCAAGCAGCCCAUUGCCGCGGGCCUCUACCGCUCGAUCACGGAGCGCCACGCCUUCUACGUGUGCGACAAGGUCCGUGGCGUGGUCACCAAUCAGUUUACCCGGGAUCUCAAGGGCACCAUCGCCUCCAUGUUCAUGGAGAACACGGAGCUGGGCAAGCGCUACGUCUUCGAUAUUCAGCAUACGUGUCGCGAGGUGCACGACCAGGCCAGGAGGACGCUGCACGAGCGGGGCGGCGAUCUGGCUGCCGAGGGGGCCGAGGGCUUCACCUCGGGUGCUGUGGAUGGCGGCGCCGCUGCCAUUGAUCCGCUGGGAGCGGCUGGAGGCAGUGCGGGUGCCUGCAGCUCCAUGGCCGGCAAGAUAGAUUUGGCCAUACGCGAGAAGGAGGCGCGUGAGGCGGCGAUUGAGCGCUGCGUGGACACGCGGAUAUCCGAGGCCAUGCAGUGCAAGAUCUGCAUGGACCGCGCCAUCAACACAGUGUUCAAUCCGUGCUGUCACGUAAUAGCCUGUGCCCAGUGUGCUGCGAGAUGCAGCAACUGCCCCAACUGUCGGGUCAAGAUUACCAGCGUGGUCAAAAUCUAUCUGCCACCGGAGCUGCGCACCAGCCAGUCCGGCAGCGGUGUCGCCAUCAGCAGCAGCAGCAUCAGCCAGAUGGAGGAGCCCGACUUUGAGGAGCUGGAAAUGACUUCCAGUAUGGGUGGUGCCUCAGAGGCGGCAGCUGCGAGUGCGGCUACGCCGGCAGGAGCGGGUGGUGCUGCCACCGGUCCUGGGGGACAGCCGAAGGUGACGACGGCUGCCUAGAAUUGGUUGUGCUCGCUGCUGUUCCGGCUGAUGGAAUGGGUGUGCGUGCCGAUUGUCUGAGAACCACAUUGAUCCACUGAUAUUCUAUGACCACAACCUUAAAUGGGAACAAUCUGCCCCGUGCAACGUGCAGCGUGCAGCAUGCUGGCCUGCAGCUUGCCACUGGAAUGGGUUUAGAAGCAAAGUAGUCAACCAAUGUCUGUUAACAAUCUUAGCUCUAUCUUUACCCAAGUAUUUUACGGAUAUAAGUAACUGAAACUUUAACUGUAACUUUAUAACUGUAUAACUCUAAAUUCUAAAACGUAAAUCUAAAAUCUAGCAUCUAGAAUCUAAACGAUAUACACGAUAAAUAUACAUAUAUACAUAAUUGAGAUAAUAUUUAUAGAUGUACCGACUUCGAGAAAGUGCUAUUUAAACUCGUCUAAGACUUCACUGCAUAGCCUAUGCCUAGAAUCUACUAUAACUGCAGAUUGUUUCAUAUUCAUAUACAAAACACUAUAUAGGUAUAUAAAGAUAUAUAUAUAUUUACGAUCGGUAUAGAUCAGCGAUACCUUAUACGAUAACGAUAUAGCCCUUGAAUGUACAACAUAGCUACUUACUAAAUGUUAGAAAUUUUACUACCAACUAAACGCGAGAUGUAUUUAUUAACGCCUAACAACCAAACUCUUUAGUAUUCCGUCGUAACUCUAAUGCCCCUUAACCCCCUCCCCCAAUAACAAACAAAUUCUCAUAUAUAUAUGUGUGUAUAUAGGACAAGCGUACAAUAAUCGCAAACCCAAGGAGCAAAGUAGUACUAAGUACCUGCAAAAACAAACAAAACAAAACAAAACCGGAAACGGAAACAGAAACAAAACACGAAACACGAAAAGUAUCUCUGCAGCAGAUAUUACGUAGUCAAUAAAUGUUAACAAAUGUUAUACUAUAUAUACUUAUAUAUAUACAUAUAUAAAAUGAAAAAAAAAC